AUGGUCAACAGAUAUCAAGGGGAGAUAACUGGAAACAUGUCCCAGAAGAACUGCACCACAGUCUUCUUCAAUGUAACCACCAGUUACUCUGAUAAAUACUACUUCAGGAUUGAGAAUUUGCCUUCCAGUCCCAUCCUUACUGUCUCAGGUGAGGUGAAGGAAGGGACCCCUGUCAGUUUGAACUGCUCUGCUGUCACUCCCUGUCCCGAACACCCCCCUGAGCUGACAUGGACUCUCCCAACACAGUUCACAACUGAGAACCAAAUGCAGGAGAAUCCAGACCAAACCAAAUCAGUUCUCUCCACGGUGACCUUCACUCCGUCAUACCUUCAUCAUGAGAAGAACAUCACUUGUACUGCAGUCUACCCAGUAGGGACAAGCAACAAGAGAGCUGAACAUAACAUGAUGCUUAACGUUUCAUUCUCUCCUAAGGACACCUCAGCCUCCAUCAGUCCAGCUGAUCCAGUAUUAGUGGGCAGCUGUGUUAAUCUGACCUGCAGCAGUACAGCCAACCCUCCUGUGACAAACUUCACCUGGUUCAAGAUCAGUGAGGAAACAACACAGGUAGCAUCUGGACUGAGUUACACCCUCAAUGUGACUGUUGGUGAUGGAGGACUGUACUACUGUGAAGCAAGAAAUAGUCACGGCUGUGGGAAGGCAAAAAGAGCCAAAAAACCCAAUGGUGUUUGGGGUUGCAGCAGGAACUCUGGGGGCCAUUUUGCUUAUCAGCCUGAUCAGUCUUUUUGUAUGGAGGAGAAACUCGAGGCUCCACGAUGGACUUGAAAGGACAGACAGUCCACAGGGACAGAACUCCCCGGUUGGGACAGUGUGUACUAACCAGGCCACAGCCGGAGAGGAACCAGAGGAACCUGCAGAAGACCAGCCUGAAGAGAUCCACUACGGUGACAUAGACUUCUCCAAACUACAGACCAAAGAGACCCCUGCUGCAGCCCAGGACAGGAUCCAGGGACAGGAGAGUGAGUACGCUGAAGUCAACGCGACUGGGAGAGGGGCUCAGGAACCACCUCUUAACAACCUAGAUGGGCUUUAUGCACAAGUGAAUAAAACAGGUGGAUGCUAAGUAUUUUGCCGAUGAAUAUUAAGUGUUUUUAUGUACAGUAUUGUCAUUGUGUAUCUGUUUCUAUUGGUACUUUUGUUACAUUUAUAAUUGUGUGCUCUUUGAUUAUCUGCAUAUUUGUAGAAUUUUCUGGGAUGAAAAGUGUUUAACUGUUACUAUAGUGUUGAUAUGAUGAUGCAGGCUACUCUUUAUUUUAGACCAUUUAUUUUGAGUGUUGAGUUCACAGAGCAUCUGUUUAAUGGGUUCCAGUAUAGAGGAACUGCUGAGUUCAACUAGCCCACUGAAGGCAGUUUAAGACCAUAUAAAGUCAAUGAUGACUGAGGAGAGAAGACACAGUUAGUUGGAGAGACAGUGGUCUGAUACAAGACAGGAAGUUGGUGAAGUAAGUCGACAUGAUGGCAGAAUGGUGUUAACAUCUACUAGUUACUGUUUAUCUUCAUCUUUUGUGCAGUUACCAGAAUAACAAUAUUAUCUAUUUUCAGUUUAUACAGUUGGAGUCAGAAGUUUACAUACAGAUAGGUUGGAGUCAUUAAAAUUCAUUUUUCAACCACUCCACAAAUUUCUUGUUAACAAACUAUAGUUUUGGCAAGU